AUGGAUAUAUAUCUACCUCAGGGAAGUCUGCAUCAGAUAUCAUGGUUUCAGUUUCUUCCUCAUGAACCUGACCUGAACCCUCUACCUGACAAAAGUGUAAAAGUGGACCAAAAGGAUGCCGCAAUGUUACUGGUUCUUUCAUCACAUCUGCAACUACAGAAGGAGGGACUUCUCAGCACAUGGACCAAUUCCUUUGUUGGACCUUGGGAUCCAUCCCAGGGCUUGCAUAAUCCGGGUAGAGUGUAUGAAAAGAUUAAGCUGUGGCUUUUUCUUCCGGGGCGUCAUUCAUCAGUUGUUGAGACUGCUCAGGUGGCAGUAUCCAGAUUAAGAGUUGUUGCUUCUGGGCUUUGGUUAGCUCCGGGUGAUUCGGAAGAGGUUGCAGCUGCUCUCUCUCAGGCUUUGAGGAAUUGUAUAGAAAGAGCUUUGCUUGGGUUAUAUUACAUGAGAUUUGGUGAUGUAUUUUCAAAGUUUCAUCAAUUUCAAAGUGAAGAACUGUUCAGUACUCAUGCUUUUAUGAGUUCUCCUACAAUUUUUCCUGCAUGGGUUGAUUCCACUGUUAUAAUCUCCAUUCUUUUUGUUGUGGUGGUUGAGGAUGUGGUGGUCAUUGUCAACUUUGAU